UUUCUGUCUUGUGUCCCACCAGGAAAAAACGAAGGUGAUUGAGCCCUUAGAUUACGAGAAUGUCAUUGCCCAAAGGAAAGCACAGAUCUACAGCGACCCGCUCCGGGACCUGCUCAUGUUCCCCAUGGAAGAUGCAUCUGUCUCUGCCAUCAGCCGACAAAGGAGGACAGUGCAGUCCACGGUGCCAGAAGAUGCUCUUGGAAAGGCCCAGAGCCUCUUCGUCCAAGAGUGCAUUAAAGCCUACAGUUCGGACUGGCAUGUGGUGAACUACAAAUAUGAGGAAUACUCUGGAGACUUCCGGAUGUUGCCAUGCAAAUCCUUCCGGCCGGAAAAAAUCCCAAACCACGUGUUCGAAAUCGAGGAGGACUUUGAAAAAGAUGAGGACUCUUCCUCGUUGUGCGCGCAGAAGGGUGGCGUCAUCCGGCAGGGCUGGCUGUACAAGGCGAACGUCAACAGCACCAUCACGGUGACCAUGAAGGUGUUCAAGAGAAGGUACUUCUACCUGACUCAGCUCCCUGAUGGCUCGUACAUCCUCAACUCCUACAAGGAUGAAAAGACUUCGAAGGAGUCCAAAGGCUGCAUUUUCUUGGAUUCGUGCAUCGAUAUCGUGCAGUGCCCCAAGAUGCGGCGCCAUGCCUUCGAGCUCAAGAUGCUGGAUAAAUACAGCCACUACCUGGCUGCUGAAAGCGAGCCGGAAAUGGAGGAGUGGCUGGCCACCUUGCGGAAGAUCAUCCAGGUCAACACGGAGAGCUUGGUGCCCGAGAAAAAGGAGGGGUCCUUGCCUGAAGAUGAAUCAAGCAGUCAGGGAAAGUCGGAGAACAUCCUGGAGAGCCUAGAAAGAAGCAUGCAUCCGGAACUUAUGAAGUACGGAAGAGAAACGGAGCAGCUGAACAAACUCAGCAGGAAUGACGGGAGACAAAACCUCUUCUCUUUUGAUCCUGAAGUUCAGAGGCUAGAUUUCUCUGGAAUGGAGCCAGACGUGAAACCUUUUGAGGAAAAAUGCAGCCAGUCCUUCCUGGUGAGAUGCCAUUCCUUGACGUUCAACCUCCUCGCCCACCCAAACGACCAGUCUGGGGACCCACCUACAAACGUGGAACCAUUUUUCCUCAGCCUCGCGCUCUUUGAUUUGAAAAGCGGUUGCAAAAUUUCGGCCGAUUUCCACGUAGACCUGAAUGCUGCAGCCAUUCGGGAGAUGCUGGCGGAUAGUUCGUCUCUGGGCUCCGGAAGUAAUACCGCAAAGAGCCACUUCCUUCCCGGACUUCCUGAGUCUCACCUGCUCUUCAUAAAGCAGGGCGUCUUCUCCGUAUCCAACCCGCACCCCGAAAUUUUUCUGGUCGCCCGGGUGGAGAAGGUCCUACAGGGAAGCAUCACGCACUGUGCGGAGCCCUACAUUAAGAGCUCGGACCCCGCGAAGACCGCACAGAAGGUCCACAAGGCUGCAAAGCUGGUGUGCAGUCGCCUCGGACGAUACAGGAUGCCGUUUGCUUGGGCCGCGCGGCCUGUCUUCAAAGACUCACAGGGCACCUUAGAUCUCGAAGGGAAAUUCUCUCCCCUGUACAAGCAGGACAGCAGCAAGCUCUCGACUGAGGACCUCCUGAAGCUGCUAGCGGAAUAUAAGAAACCAGAAAAGACAAAGCUGCAGGUGAUCCCUGGGCAACUAAAUAUCGCACUGCAGUGUGUCCCGCUGGACUUCUCAAACUGCGUCACGGCCUCUUACGUGCCCAUCAAGCCCUUUGAGGUGCCGGAGCAGGGCGACGGCAUUGCUGUCGAGGUGGAAGAGUUUGUCCCCAGGGCUGUGAAGUACUGCUAUCCGUUCAGCAUCUACAAAAACCAACUCUACGUCUACCCUUUGCAUUUAAAGUACGACAGCCAGAAAACGUUUGCCAAGGCAAGGAACAUCGCUGUCCGUGUGGAAUUCAGAGACUCCGACGAAGGGGGCCAUGCAGCUUUGAAGUGCUUCUACGGUAAACCCGGAGGGCCCCUCUUGACUUCGAGUGCCUACGCUUGCGUGUUGCAUCACCAUCAGAGCCCCGAGUUCUAUGACGAGAUCAAGAUCGAGCUUCCAAUCCACCUGCACCCGAAGCACCACUUGCUUUUCACCUUCUACCACAUCAGCUGUGAGAUCAGCCCGAAGGGGACAGCGAAGAAGCUGGACGCAGUGGAGACAACAGUUGGCUUUACCUGGCUGCCGCUGCUGAAGGAUGGGCGGAUCAUCACCUCUGAACAGCACCUGCCCGUUUCAGCCAAUCUGCCUGCUGGGUACCUGAGCGUGGGAGACACUGAAGCACGACGGCAGCCAAAUGUCGACAUUAAAUGGGUUGAUGGAGCAAAAGCCCUCUUCAAGAUCCAGAUCCACUUGGAAUCAACUAUUUACACCCAAGAUCUUCACCUUCACAAAUUUUUCCAGCAUUGCCAAAUGACCCAGGCAGGUGGCAAAGAGGCCCCGGGAGAGCUGGUUAAACAUCUGAAGUGCUUGCACGCCAUGGAGAUCCAGGUCAUGAUACAGUUUCUGCCUGUGGUUCUCGUGCAGCUGUGCCGAGUGCUCACCACCCGGACGCAGGAGGAGGACGUCGCGGUCAACUGCACCAUGGUCCUCCUCCACAUUGUCUCCCGCUGCCACGAGGAAGGCCUCGACCACUACCUGCGGGCAUUCAUCAAGUACUGCUUCCGCCCGGAGAAACCUGGGGUCCCACAGGCCAAGAUGACGCAUGAGACCUUGGCCGUCGCGAUGGCCACAAUUCUCAAGCAGUCGGCAGACUUUCUGGCCAUCAACAAAAUGCUGAAGUAUUCAUGGUUCUUCUUCGAGGCCCUGGCCAAGUCGAUGGCAAUGUACCUUCUGGAGGAGAACAAAAUUAAGCUCCCCAGGGCUCAGCGGUUUCCAGAGUCCUACAACCACGCCUUGCAUUCCCUGCUCCUCGCCAUCAUCCCACAUGUGAACAUCCGCUACAGCGAAAUCCCAGAGGAGUCCAGAAAUGUCAAUUUCAGCUUGGCCAACUUCCUGAAGCGGUGCUUGACCUUUAUGGACCGAGGAUUUAUCUUCAGGCUGAUAAACGACUACGUUUCUGCGUUCAGCCCCAAAGACCCCAAGACCUUGGUGGAGUACAAGUUUGAGUUUCUGCAGACCAUUUGCAGCCACGAGCAUUACAUCCCGCUGAAUUUGCCAAUGACAUUUUCCAAACCUAAACUUCAGAGGCUUCAAGAUGUAAACCUCGAGUACAGCUUAUCCGACGAGUACUGCCGCCACCAUUUCUUGGUGGGUCUGCUGCUCCGAGAGACGUCCGUCGCUUUGCACGACAACUACGACAUCCGAUAUGCAGCCAUCGGCAUCCUGAAAAGCCUCCUGAUUAAGCACGCCUUUGACAACCGGUACCAGCAUAAGAACCAGCAGGCCAAGAUCGCUCAGCUGUACUUGCCUCUAGCUGGACUCAUUCUGGAGAACGUCCAGCGGCUGACAAGCCGGGACGCCCUGCCCCCUGGCACCGCCACAGCCAGCUCCGCGUCCAGGGAUGAGCUGGUGUGCAGCUUGGUUUCACCGUCCAGCAGGGCCAGUCUUGUUCUCGACAAAGAUGCACUUUACGGUGCGGCUCUCCAGAAUGGACUGUGCGGGAAGAGGGAGGACUCCAAAGGAUCACUCAGCUCCGAAGCGGGGGCCAGCUCCCCUGACCAGGGCACCACUGCUGAAAACAUGCACAGGAGCUCCACACGGAGCAGCGUCUCCCACUUCGGGCGCCUGGACCAGUUCGAGAUCCGGAACCUCCUCCUCUGCUACCUUUACAUAAUUAAAAUGAUCUCCGAAGAUACCUUGUUAGCCUAUUGGAACAAAAUAUCUCCCCAGGAGCUGAUGAAUGUCCUUGUUCUUCUAGAAUCGUGCUUGUUUCACUUCAGAUACGUGGGGAAGAGAAACAUCGCCAGGGUCCAUGAUGCUUGGCUGUCCAAGCACACAGGCAUUGACCGGAAAUCGCAGACGAUGCCAGCCCUUCGCAGCAGAGCGGGCGCCUUCCAGGUCCGCCUCCAGCAUCUCAGCAGCCUGGACAGCUCGUUUACCCUUAACCACGGAGCCGGCACUUCGGAAGCAGACAUCGUCCACCAGGCCUUGCUGGAAGGCAACACGGCCACCGAGGUCGCCCUCACCGUCCUGGACGCCCUCUCGUUCUUCACGCAGUGCUUCCGGAGCCAGCUCCUGAGCAACGACGGGCACAACCCGCUGAUGAAAAAGGUUUUCGACAUCCACCUUGCCUUUCUCAAAAACGGGCAAUCCGAGGCUGCCCUGAAGCACGUCUUUGCCUCCCUGAGAGCCUUCAUCAACAAGUUCCCCUCAGCCUUCUUCAAGGGGCGAGUGAGCAUGUGUGCUGCCUUUUGCUAUGAGGUCCUCAAAUGCUGCACUUCCAAGCUGAGCUCCACCCGCAACGAAGCCUCAGCCCUCCUUUACCUCCUCAUGAGAAACAACUUUGAGUUCACCAAACGGAAAACCUUUUUAAGAACUCACCUCCAGAUCAUAAUCGCCGUCAGCCAGUUGAUCGCCGACGUGGCGCUCAGCGGAGGGUCCCGAUUCCAAGAGUCGCUGUCCAUUAUCAAUAAUUUCGCCAACAGCGACCGGCCAGUGAAGGCAACGGCCUUCCCGUCGGAGGUCAAAGACUUGACCAAGCGCAUCCGGACGGUGCUGAUGGCCACCGCCCAGAUGAAGGAGCACGAGAAGGACCCCGAGAUGCUGGUCGACCUGCAGUACAGCCUGGCCAAGUCUUACGCCAGCACGCCGGAGCUGCGGAAGACGUGGCUGGACAGCAUGGCGAGGAUCCACGGCAAGAACGGCGACUUCUCCGAGGCGGCCAUGUGCUGCGUCCACACGGCGGCGCUGAUGGCGGAGUUCCUUCACCGGAAGAAAUUAUUUCCUGUAGGGUGUUUGUCGUUCAAGAAAAUCACGCCCAACGUUGAGGAAGAGGGUGCCAUGAAAGAAGAUGCAGGGAUGAUGGACGUUCAUUACAGUGAGGAAGUCCUGGUGGAGCUGCUGGAGCAGUGCAUUGACAGCUUGUGGAAAGCAGAGCGCUACGAAACCAUCUCGGAGAUUUCCAAGCUGAUCAUCCCAAUCUAUGAGAAACGACGUGAGUUUGAGAAACUUACCCAGCUGUACAGAACACUCCACGGGGCUUACACAAAAAUCCUGGAGGUGAUGCAGACCAAAAGGAGGCUGCUGGGCACUUACUUCCGGGUUGCAUUUUACGGACAGGCUUUCUUUGAAGAAGAGGAUGGCAAGGAGUACAUCUACAAGGAACCCAAGUUGACAGGCCUGUCGGAGAUUUCUUUGCGGCUGCUGAAGCUUUACGGGGAGAAAUUUGGAGCCGACAACGUUAAAAUCAUCCAGGAUUCCGAUAAGGUGAAUGCCAAAGACCUGGAUCCCAAAUACGCCUGCAUCCAGGUGACUUACCUGAAGCCCUUUUUUGAUGAGAAAGAGCUCUCCGAGAGGAAGACCGAUUUUGAGAAGAGCCACAACAUCAGCCGAUUUGUGUUUGAGACGCCGUACACUUUGUCGGGGAAAAAACAUGGGAGCGUGGAAGAGCAGUGCAAGAGACGGACAAUCCUCACCACAUCCAACUCUUUCCCGUACGUCAAGAAGAGGAUUCCGGUCAGUUGCGAGCAGCAGAUAAACCUGAAGCCAAUUGACGUCGCAACCGACGAGAUCAAGGCGAAGGCGGCCGAACUGCUGCAGCUCUGCGCCUGCCCGGAUGUGGACAUGAUCCAGCUGCAGCUGAAGCUGCAGGGCUCCGUCUCGGUCCACGUCAAUGCCGGCCCGCUGGCCUACGCACGGGCCUUCCUGGUUGACAAGCACUCCAGCAAAUAUCCGGCCAAGAAGGUGACUGAAUUGAAGGACGUGUUCAGGAAGUUUGUUCAGGCCUGUGGAAUUGCCCUGGAGUUCAACGAGCGGCUGAUCAAGGAGGAUCAAGUCGAAUAUCAUGAAGAACUGAAGUCCAACUUCAGGGACAUGGUGAAAGAUCUGUCGGAGAUCAUACACGAACAGAUAUACCAAGAAGACACCAUGCAUCCCUCAUCCAUGUACAACUCGCUGCAUGUCUUCUGUGCCAUAAGUGGAACUUCAGGAGAAGCAUGUGGCACUUUCAGGCACGCUACUGACUUUUGAAGAGUGCGCGGCCCACCGCCCGGCACUUUGCAGGAGUUUCUCAGGAAUGCUCAGAGCGUUGCCUGAAAGACAGUAAUCCCUGGGCACGUGCCCAGAAAUGCAACUCAGUGUUAUCUUGCUCCGGCGCAGAAUCAACGAGCUUCCAGGCAGACGGUGGGCAAAUGAUCCAGGAGUGUGCUUCCUUGCCUCCUUUUCGUGUCUGUGUUUGUUUUCGUUUCUAGUAUCUACACGACACCAACAGCAUUUACCAAACCGCAUUGUAUGGAAAGCGAACCUGCGAAUGGUACUGUGUAAAAUUGUAUCAUGGAAUGUAAUAAAAAGAACGGUUGUUUUGUAAA